CCCCACCAGCCUGGGAUCACUUUAAAUCAUGUGGCGUAGUGUCAAAUCAUGUAGUGCCUUAUUAUCUAUCCCAGCUUGUAUAGCCACUACUGCAGGAAAAAAGUACUCCAGCCAUCCAGCCAAUGGAGGACGGCGGGGCGGAGAACGCUUUGCGAUUGAACUAAAGGACCGCAGGCAGCUGUACACGAGCAUCCUCUAUUCUCCACACGCGCCCACAUCACACAGUCAAUGGAUUACACCUUCUCUCUCCAAGUGCAACACCAUCUGACCGUGUACCCAACGCACUUAUACGAGGACUACAGCUUAGAGUUACAGAUGAAGUCAACAGAGGUGGAUCAAGGCCUUUUCACAGACAGUUACUGCAAAGUGUGCAGCGCUCAGCUCAUCUCAGAGUCACAGAGAGUGGCACAUUAUGAGAGCCGGAAACAUGCAAACAAAGUUCGUCUGUAUUAUAUGUUGCAUCCAGUAGAUGGGGGAUGUCCGGCUAAGAAGCUCAGAACAGAUGACGGGAGUGAGGAGGGAGAUGUGGAUAAAAACAAGUGCUGUACACUGUGUAACAUGUCCUUUACUUCAGCGGUGGUAGCACAGUCUCAUUACCAAGGCAAGAUCCAUGCUAAAAGACUCAAACUUCUGCUGGGGGAACAGCCUGCCAUAUCAGCCAAAGAGGUGCCACCUAGUCCAGUGAAGACACCCUCUUCAGAAAUCUCACCUUUGAGCUCAACACGUCAGCACCGGGAUUCUGAUCGCUACUGUCAGCUGUGCAAUGCUUGGUUCAACAAUCCUGGAAUGGCACAGCAACACUACGAUGGCAAAAAGCACAAGAAGAAUGCAGCACGUGCAGAACUGCUGGAACAAUUAGGGAAGACUUUAGACAUUGGAGAGAUGAAAGGUACAGACUCUUUACACUUUCUUAGUGGCUGUAUAUGGCUGCAUGAUUAUUUUGCUUUUAGUUCAUUAGAUGAUGAGGCACUGAACUGAAUGAUAAAAUAUUUG